CCUUCUCCGUGUUUUUCCCAGGUGCUGGUGGUGGAUCAGCUGAGCAUGCGUAUGCUGUCCUCCUGUUGCAAAAUGACAGAUAUCAUGACGGAGGGGAUAACAAUUGUAGAAGAUAUUAAUAAGCGUCGAGAGCCGCUACCUAGCCUGGAGGCUGUGUAUCUCAUCACUCCAUCCGAAAAGUCGGUGGAGUCUCUCAUUGCUGACUUCAAGGAACCCCCCAAUGCCAAAUAUCGAGCUGCGCAUGUCUUCUUCACGGACUCUUGCCCAGAUUCCUUGUUCAAUGAACUGGUCAAAUCCCGGGCAGCCAAAGUCAUCAAGACUCUGACGGAGAUCAACAUUGCUUUCCUGCCCUAUGAGUCCCAGGUAAACUGUUGA